AUGCCCACUCAUUGCUGUGUCCCUGAAUGUAACCAAAAAGGUGUAAAAUCGCCAACGGGAGAGAAAGUAUCUUUUUUUGAAUUUCCAAAUGAAUCUUCACUGAGAAAGAGGUGGAUUCACGCGAUCCGACGAGACGAAGGAAAGAACUGGCAGAUCACUCGAGACACGAAAGUUUGCUCUUUGCAUUUUAGACGAGAAGAUCUUAGAAAGUCGCUCGCUGGACGAAUUUAUCUUGUGGAUGGAUGUGUACCGUCAAGAUUUGCUUGGUCUAUUCCAUCCCCAAGGAAAAGAAAAGCACCAACUGAAAGGCUGCCUUUGCCAAUUCCCUUGUCUUUGAAGAAGCGGUUGUUUACAUCCGACACUUCUUCUGAAAUCAACAUCGCGUCUUCAGCUGUUGAAAGUUCAAAUGAAAUAUUUCCCAGUACAAGUGGAGGCAACGAAACAAAUGAGCCCGAUAUUAGCGUUGAGAGUAACGUGGAAAUGGAUCAAGGAAAGAAAGUCGAGGAUCUUGAGGCUAGACUUUUACAAUCUGAAAAGGAGCUUGCGAUCCUUCGAAAGAAGAACGAGGAACUGGAAAGAAAGAUUAUCGAAAACGAACAGCACCAGGAGACACUGUCUUCCCGUUUAUUUUCUCUUGAUCGCUUAAAGUCCAAUGCGGAUGUUAAUUUUUAUACUGGCCUUCCUAAUUAUGCUACUCUCAUAAGUAUUUUUGAAUUUCUGAAUCCUGGUGAGGAUUGUGAAAACAUUCGCUCCAGGAUCAGCUCAGACGUUCCUGAGGAGUUUUACAACUCUGAAUCUGACGACGAGGAAGAUACGUCGACAACCAAGAGAGGACGCCGCCGAAAACUUAAGCCUUAG